AUGCCGACAGCAAUCAAAUCUACCUCGAAUACGACUCCUGUCUUUUUCUUCAGCCAUGGCAGCACCAUGAUGCUUGGCGAGCAGAGCACACCGGCUCAGCACUGGGAACAGAUGGGUCGCGAAGCGAUGCGACGCGGCAUCAAACGCGUCAUCAUGAUGGGUGCUCACUGGGAGUCGCCUACCGAUGAGAUUCUCGUUGCUGCCAACCCGACCAAUCCCAAGAAGCAGCCUGUAGCUUGGGUUGAAGCAGCCCGCUACGUCGAUUACAAGAUCAACUCGUCUCCGCGACUUGCCAACGACGUCGUCGCUUGUUUGCAGCAGAACGGCAUCAAAGCAAAGCCCGAUCCGGAUCUCGAGUGGAUCCAUGACACGUUCAUCAUCUUGUGCUGGAUGUUCCCUGCCACAACCGAGCAUCCGCAAGGCCAGUGUCCCGAGGUGACGGUCGUGUCAGGCCUUUCAGUCUACAAUGCCCCCCUCUUGGUUGAUGUGGGCAAGGCUCUGCGCGAGUUCCGCAACCAAGACACCCUCAUCAUCGGAACAGGAGGCACAGUCCAUAACCUCUACCGCAAUAACUGGAAACAGAUUACCAUCUUCCGCGACAACUUUGCACAACCGCUCCCGCCAGCCAAAUGGGCGCUCGACUUUCGAACCGAAGUCGAGGAUGCUAUCAUCAACAACACAGGUCCAGACCUCGUCAAGGCAGUGCUCCGUCUCAUGCGUCAUCCACUCUACAGAGACGCACACGCCACCGAUGACCACUAUGCACCGCUGCUCUUCGUCGCAGGCGCCGCAGGAAGCUUGAAGGAUAAGGAAAAGAAGAACAAGAUGACGGCUGAAUGCUGGGAACUUCAGAACAUGUGCAACUCUCAGUUCCAAUUUGGAAGCUGGUAA